AAAGCCACCGACGGGCUCCCGAUCCGUGAUCCAGUAGCGCCUGGUAGUGUGUUGGCUGGCACAGAGGUUGGCCGGCCUCCUUGUUGGCUGGUGACUGGCGGCGGGCGGGAGCAAGCAACGUGUGCGGGUUGAACACUAGUGCCACCUUUACCGCCUUACGACAGAAAGCAGCAUGACCAGAGCAAAAGGUCUCAACGCAAUGUCGAAACCCCUUGCGGUGCGUCGCGACGCUGCAUCAAUGCAGACCCGUGCUCUUGUUCUCGGCUGUUUAAAAUGAGGACUGAACUCUCGCUUCAAAAAUUCGGCGUCUGUUAUUAGACAUGAAGACAGGCCUGUACGAGAAAUUGCCGACGGAAGUUCAUCACAGCCAGUUUCAGAGAGAGUGCGAUCAACGCACCUUCGCGGAGAGCAGCGGAGGUGGGACCCAAGACGAGAGGAAUCUGUGGAUGCCAGGUGGCAUGCGGACGGAGGAGGCUUGCCAGCGCCCCUAUGAGGAGGUGGCUCAGCAACUGGGCACAGAUCUCCGUAGGGGCCUGUCAUGGCGAGAGGCCAAUCGGCGCCUCGUCUCCCUUGGCCCCAAUGAGUUUGAGGUGCGCCAGGAGGAACCCCUCUGGAAGAAGUACUCUGAGCAGUUCAAGAAUCCGUUGAUCGUUCUUCUACUAGCAUCUGCUGUGGUCAGCAUCUGCAUGCAGCAAUUUGACGACGCAUUCAGCAUCACUGCUGCCAUUAUUAUUGUGGUUACUGUUGCGUUUGUUCAAGAGUAUCGCUCAGAGAAGUCACUUGAAGAACUGAACAAAUUAGUGCCUCCCGCAUGUCAUUGUUUACGUGAUGGCCAGGCUGAGACGUUCCUUGCCAAGAAUCUCGUCCCUGGGGAUGUUGUGAUCCUCAAUGUCGGCGAUCGAGUUCCUGCCGAUCUCAGGCUAUUCAGUGCCUGCGAUUUAAUGAUCGAUGAAAGCAGCUUCACGGGCGAGACGGAGCCGUCAGCCAAGGUGACGACGCCCCUGGCAAAGGCAGGCAAUGGCAUUGCCUCCAAGUACAAUGUGGCCUUUAUGGGGACCCUUGUUCGCUACGGGAACGGCAGGGGGAUUGUGAUCAACACUGGGGAGAAGUCAGAAUUUGGGGACAUCUUCAAGAUGAUGCAGGCAGAGGAGGCGCCCAAGACGCCGCUCCAAAAGAGCAUGGACAACUUGGGGAAGCAGCUGUCUCUCUACUCGUUUGGCAUCAUUGGUCUCAUCAUGCUUCUGGGCUGGAUCCAGGGGAGGCCCGUGCUUGAAAUGUUCAACAUUGGCGUCAGUCUGGCCGUGGCAGCCAUACCAGAGGGCCUGCCAAUAGUGGUGACAGUCACCCUUGCUUUGGGGGUGAUGCGCAUGGCCAAGAGGAAGGCUAUCAUUAAGAAACUGCCCACCGUGGAAACCCUCGGAUGCGUCAAUGUUGUUUGCUCUGACAAGACGGGCACACUCACCAAGAACGAGAUGACUGUUUGCAGCGUCAUGACUUCAGAGCUGUACCAUGCUGAGGUGACUGGUGUCGGGUACAAUGCAGAUGGCCACGUGAUUCUUACCGAGGGUGGGGAGAGAGAUGUCCAGAUGGAUUCCUUGCGGUUGUUGCUUGAGUGUGGCUGCAUUUGCAACAAUGCCGACAUCCUUGGAAGUGAACUGAGGGGGCAGCCAACCGAAGGGUCCCUUUUGGCUGUUGCACACAAGAUGGGAAUCUACGAUGUGCGGAACCAUUACGUGCGUCUCCAAGAAAUUCCCUUCAGCUCUGAGCACAAGAUGAUGGCUGUCAAGGUCAUUCCCAAGUUUGGAGGGGAGCAGGAGCAGUACUUUGUGAAGGGAGCCUUGUCCAAGAUCUUGGCCCAUUGUACCCACUACAGCAGCCACGGGGUGGCGGUGCCCAUGUCGACUGAGCGUGCUUCGCAGUACAUCAAGGAAGCCCAGUUCAUGGGCAGGAAGGGACUCCGAGUGCUCUCCCUGGCGAGUGGAACACACCUGAACCAGCUCAAGUUUUUGGGCCUGGUAGGAAUCUUGGACCCACCCAGGCCUGGAGUUCGGGAGGCAAUCGAGACCCUCCACAGCAGUGGCGUCAACGUCAAAAUGCUCACGGGAGACGCCGAAGAAACAGCAUGCACAGUCGCUGCACGCCUGGGCUUACAUGCAGCGGGGAAUGUUGUGCUCUCGGGUGACCAGCUAGACACAAUGACAGACAUGGAGCUACAACGAAUCAUCGGCUCUGUGUCGGUCUUCUACCGCACUGCGCCAGGGCACAAGCUCCGCAUUGUCAAAGCAUUGCAGAAGAACCACUACAUUGUGGGCAUGACUGGCGAUGGCGUGAAUGAUGGUGCAGCUCUGAAAAAGGCCGACAUUGGCAUUGCCAUGGGAAAAAUUGGCACUGAUGUGUGCAAGGAAGCAGCGGACAUGAUUCUCGUCGAUGAUGACUUCUUCACCAUCAUGGCUGCUAUUGAAGAGGGAAAGGGAAUUUUCUACAACAUUCGAAACUUUGUCAUGUUUCAGCUCAGCACGAGCAUUGCAGCACUUUCUCUGAUUGCUCUGUCAACUCUGAUGAAGAUUCCCAACCCACUGAAUGCAAUGCAGAUCCUCUGGAUCAACAUCAUUAUGGAUGGCCCUCCUGCUCAAAGCCUUGGCGUGGAACCCGUGGAUCACGACGUGCUAAAGCAGCCCCCGCGCAACACCAAGCAGCCCAUGAUUACCCGAGACCUUAUCUUCAACGUGGUGCUCUCUUCUCUCAUAAUCAUCCUCGGGACCUUGUUCAUCUUCCGCAAUGAGAUGAGCGAUCAAAUGGUGACGCCUCGAGACACGACGAUGACAUUCACAUGCUUCGUCUUCUUUGACAUGUUCAACGCCCUCAGCUGUCGGUCACAGACCAAAUCGGUGUUUACCAUAGGGUUCUUCAGCAACAAAAUGUUUUUGCUUGCGGUCGCCUUCUCGGUCAUUGGGCAAAUGCUGGUCAUCUACUUUCCGCCACUGCAGAGGGUCUUUCAAACAGAGGCUCUGACUUUCCAAGACAUCGCUCUGCUUGUUGGCGUCUCGUCGACAGUCUUCAUUGUCUCGGAACUAAAGAAAUUCUUGGAAAGAAGCAUUUCUAGAAGGGUGCGGAAAAAGCAGUUUUUCGGCUCCGACUUUGUGUAACGGAAGUGCGCAGGCAGUGGUGGUGUCACUUUGCCUUCAGUCAGUCUCAUUAUCAUUGUGCUGUUUUGCCCGUUUGUUUCACUUUCUUGACUGUAGAACCUUUGUUAUGGUAGUCUUCAGUUUUAGUUUUACAUUUAUGUUGUGUUUCUUUAUUUGUGUUUCUGCUGUCGCAGUGCAAAACCGUCGCUGUGCCAGUUGAAGUGAAAGUGGACGACCCAGGAGACAACGAGCGGUUACUGCUCAAAGUCGCACUCUGUAAAUAACCACUUGUACAUACCCUAAGUGGGCCGAUAAGUAGGGACAUUACUUCAAAACGCUGGUGCUGCAGUGUGCCACCUUCUCGACAUUAUAACCGAAAAUCAGCUGGCUAGAGUUCAGUUCUGCGGCGACAAAGUUCUCGAAACUGGCGGUAGCGUUAGCUUACGCAAGGUACAUCAUGAAGCGUUCCUGUAACUUUGUGUGGUUGAAGGCAGGAUUGUUGAGUAUUCUAUUUAUUUAGGCCUCUAUAUUUCUGAGGCUGAGUGAUACUAUGGGUUGUUUAGUUUCUUUCCAAGAAAACCUAUUGGCCAGUAGUCCCCAUGUGACACCAGCCAUAUUUACUGGAAGCAGUGCCUUGAAGGUGAAGGUUGCAAAGGUGAUUCACACUACGCAAUCUUCGUGGUCGCCUUUCUAUUGGUGAUGUGCAUUAAAUUGUAUGUCUUGAUCUGCAGAGAAACUGAUCAUGUCAGGUUUUGGGGUUUCCAUAAAUGCUAACUGUACAUAUUAACAUCAGAAAGGGAAGUUCUUUUUUUAGUAUACUAUUGUUUACCACAAUUGAGGAACCUCUUGUUCACAGUUACCCAUACAUAUCCAUGCCAUUAUAAGUGCACACUUUCCCCUUUUAGGAUUCAUUAUGAUGGCAGCAAUCUUGCAAAACUAUACACUUGAAAACUUCAGGAUGUUUUAAGCCGUGGUCCUUUGGAGGGAAAUAUCUGUGGCACUAAAGUCGACAUUGCACGUGUGGAAUGCAAGCAGGCAGGUCGUGCAAGGGGGCCAAGUGACUGAAGUUAGAGCAGCAUGACAAACUGAAAUGAAGGCCCAAACUCCGGCAACUCCUCCACAUCUGUUUGUGUCUGUACAUUUUCGUACCCCAAUGACAUAAUCAAAGCUGGUGGCAUUGCCUAACCUAUAACAAAGGGCAAGCAAUUGAUUAAGCAAUUCUUGGGUUUAGUGCCAUCAGAACAGUUGUGAUAAGGCAAUAUUUAGGUGCCUGUCUUGAAUGUGAUCUAUGUAUUUGUCUUGCUACUUGAAGCUGAAUGAGAGGCAGCGGUGUUUGGAAGCUACAUGUUCGAAGUAAAUGAUUUUUCAGAUGCACUGUUCAAUAGACCAUGCCUGUGCAUCUGAAAUCGUGUGCCCAAUGGACUCUUACGAGUCGUGCAUUUCUUUUAUUUAUAAAUUUUUUAUUGAAUGUGGGCAGUGAUUCCUUUUCAAACUUGCUACACUAAACAGGGCGCUUAUUUGUCGUCCUCUGUGGUGGACAUGAAUAUCAUCUUGAUAUGGUGGCUGCGGCAUCAUUUUCUCCUUGUCUCGGGGUUUAAAUUAUGUUUCCUAACCAGCUUGCCUGCAUACUUUAGCUCCUAGCAUAGCAGUGCUGGUACCUUUGACUGCUGGCAUAGUCAGAGCUUUUCCAGAAAGAAAGCAGUGCUAGAACUGUUAAAAUUGACUUAUUUUGGAAACAUAACGCGCUUGUCGUGUGUGUAUACUGAAUCUCGCACAUACCUUGACUUCUUUCCGUAACAAUUUUUCUACAUUGCCAUUAAACAUAAUUUAUGCACAA